AUGAGCGAGCUCACGAAGAAGAAGCGGCAGUACUCGCGUAACGGCUGUAAGGAAUGCAAGCGACGGAAGCUCAAAUGCGACGAAGGCAAGCCCAAAUGUUGGAAUUGUGCCCGUUUGAACAAAUCGUGUAACUAUGAGCGGACGAUCAAGUUCACAAACGCCAGAACUUUCACCAUAGAGACGCAAAACACAAAGCUGGUCAAUCUUCCGGACUCUGCUAGUGAUGUGGAUCACACCAAUAAGCUUAAAAAUGCCAAAGAGCAACCGGUCGCUGCUAAAUCGGAGCCAGCAGUUUCGUCACUGACUUUUCUACAGCCGCCCUCCAUGGUUCAAAAUCCACCUUUGGCAGCCGAACUGCUGGAGUUGCCAAAGAUUGUGACUCCUGAACCAGACCUCCAGGCAAAAUCAAAUGCUGCUUUUGAGCUCGAGAUGCGGAGACAGCUAUCUUUUGAUCCGCCUACACCCUUGCACCAGUCCAAAGAGCUCGAUAACAACCUAUUUACGGGGGCCAGCCAUUUGAUCUCCGAUUUGAACGAUCUUAUUCAGAGUUUCGACACAGACUUUGACUACUUUCCAGACCAUUCAAGGGCCAACUCAAACAGCGUUCGUGCGGUGUCGGAGACGUCGAGCGAGCCGGCAAACAGUCCGUCGUAUGACUUUUAUAUUAGACGGUUGACCAAUACGUUGGAGACGAAAUACAACAACGAAAGUUCUCCAAAAUCUGUUUCUAGCACCAGUCAAAACUUGUCAGCAUUCCCGCCUCCGCCAAUGUCUACGAUGAUUGCCAAUUUGUCCGAGCGGCCAGAUUUUGUCACGGGACUUAAUGCCUCGAUCAAGUCUCAGGACUUGAACGAUCUUGCUACCUUUUUCCAUUGGGACAUUAACUCGCCGCAUUUUGGGUAUCUGAAUGUUCUAAUCACGAAAAUACACUUGAACGUGCUGCCUUUGACUACCAACUUGCUACACAACUCGUUCAUCAAGUGCUUUUUGCUGGAAGCCAAAUCGUCGCCUCAUUUAUUAUAUGCUCUACUUGCUAUUUCUGCACGGUACGAGAGUUACCAGGCGCGGCCAAAAAUAGGCACGCCGCCUUCUGAGCAUGACGACCCGCACAAGCGACUCCGUGCGGGCUACCUGUCUUCGUGUCUCAAGUCGCUGGAUAGCAUACUGCACUCCAAGCCGAAAAUUCUUAAUAACAUUCAGUCGCUUCUGCUCACCAUUUUAAUUCUGGCCUCUGACUACUCGGCGUCAACCGGGUCCCAAUGGCGUGCACAUCUCCGUGGAGCCAAGGACCUUCUGAUCAAGUAUUGCAAAUACAUGGCGAUUUCGCUGGACCUGGGUAUCGUCUGGAUCUGGUUCUAUUCGAUGGAAACGUUGGCAGCUCUGACCUCGUCCUCGGGCGGAACGAUCCACAACUUCCCUGAACUGAUCGAGUUCCUGGACGUGGUCAAAAGCACAAGCCCUGUUGGAGUCACGUUGCAGCGGUUUGGGUUCUACACCGCAGGAAACUAUCAUGUUCCUGCCCCCGUCCAUUCCACGUUUAAUUUGUAUCUGGGAUUCAAUGACGACGUGCAGGAACUUUUCAAAGAGAUCGUGCUGACUUUGGAGGCUCGGCGCGUGUUUGUGAAGAAAAAGGCAGUGGAAUUCGCUGUACAGCAUAUUCUGAACGAAGACGGUCAAGUGAAAAACUCCCAGGUUCUGAAAAUGAUUGGACUAGUGGAAAAAGCACGUCUGUUCAAGUGUCUAGCGGAUGGUCCACCGUACAGAAUCUCCAUCGACUCUCCAAACCACCCGCUCAACCCAACAGGCAUCCACGCCAACAACCCAGACGGACGGGGAAUCGUCAUGUCCGGCUACAUUCAUAAUACGAAUCCGCAAACCACAAACUCAGACGAUACACAGAACUGGUACAGCUGGUUCGAUCUCAGCCAGCAGUUGUACACCGACGCGUCGUAUCUGAAAAUUCUCACCAUGAAGCACUGUUUCGGAAGCAAGGGACUGGCUAUCACCAACGAGCUGGUCCAGGACGUGGUGAACAGGAUGCUUCUCGGAUUGGAGCCGUUGGUCAGCUACAAACAAAGUCUCACGGAGCAAGACAUUGAAGAGUUGGCUCUUCAUUACUCCAAGCUGUCUGAGUCGUCCGAUUCUUCCAAAAACGUCGACUUCGACCACUACCUAUACUACCAGUUUGAUCAUCGGUUGAUCAUGGUCCAAUGGCCCCUAUUCGUUUGCGGUCUAUGUAGCGUGCUACCAAAGCAGAAACUGCUAAUUGAAAGCUGUUUCAAAGCGUUGAUGGACUUGGGGAUUGGCUCGGGCGAAAUCUCCUUGAUGAAGCUGAAAAAACUAUGGAGCUUGCAAACAGAAGGCUUUGACUAUGAGAAUUACGACAUUUUCAGCGACGAAAAUGAUUCGGUUCCCUUCGUGUAA